UUGAGAUUGAUUAGUCUGGUCUGAACCAGAAUGCAUCCUGGUUGAGGUCCACGCGCUCACAGCAAUGACGGUAGGGAUUUGACCAUAGACUGUAUAUGACAAAUGCCAAGAGGUAACACGGUUUGCUUAUUUGGUUUGCUGGCAUUUUAAAUCGUGAGUUAUGUUUAAAAGCGUUGCCUCUGCGUGUGUGCGUCAUGCGGGUAAACUUCCCGUCGCGAGGUCGUCCAUGUUUUCAGCGUUGAAGGAGUCACCUGAGAGCGUGACUUUGAGGUCACAAACCAGGUGGAGGCUCCUCACCACGCCAAACGCCAGGUUCGUGUCUCUUCCCACGAAAACGGACUCCGUCGACACAACUCCAGUCCCACCCGACCGUGAGGACUUUGGCUCCUUGUCUACUGAGUGGUCCUCUAGGACUUCGUAUAAGAAAAGCAGCCCGAGUUUACAGGAUGCUGUUGCCAUGGACGACGAGGAGGAAGAUAUACAUCAACACUUCAGGAGGCCUGGCAGGAGAAACACUCCUUACUGGUACUUCUUGCAGUGCAAAAAACGGAUUAAAGAAAACAAACUGCAGGAGGCCCUGGAUUUGUUCAGUAGAAACAUGUUGAAGGAGGAGAGGCUGCAGCCAGAGGAGUACAACUAUUCUGUCCUGAUUGGAGGCUGCGGUCGAGCUGGACAGCUCAAGAGGGCCUUCAAACUCUACAAUGAUAUGAAGAAGAGAGGUCUGGUUGCGUCCGAUGCCACCUACACUGCUUUGUUCAAUGCCUGCGCUGAGGCGCCCUCAAACGAAGCCGGUCUCCAGCAAGCGCUGAAGCUGGAACAGGAGCUGCGACGCAAAAACUACCCUCUGAGUACCAUCACAUACCACGCUCUUCUUAAGACUCACGCCGUCACAAACCACCUGCAGGCCUGCCUUCACACUCUCAGGGAGAUGCUUCAAAACGGACACGCUGUGACCUCAGAAACAUUUCACUACCUGUUGAUGGGCUGCUUGAAGGACAAAGAAACUGGGUUCAGACUGGCGUUACAGGUGUGGCGCCAGAUGCUUCUCUCAGGAAUUCUUCCAGAUUCAAAGAACUAUAAUUUGCUUUUAAGAACUGCCAGGGAUUGUGGGAUUGGAGAUCCUGCUUUGGCCGCCAGUAUUUUACUUCACACUGACUUUGGAGGGCAGAAGGGAAGAGGGGAUGUCUCGGGCGCGAGAGGCAAAGGUGUUGUAGACGUGGACCUUCUAGAGAGGCAGCUGCUUCUUCAGUCACAUCCUGGUGGUCAGCGGGACAGCAGGCCGGGUCACAAAGACCACCCAACCAGUCUGAUACCAGUCAGACAAACAGAAAACAUCUCACUCCCUGAUGACUUGAUCGCUGACUCUUCAGCACCCAACCUGCUGGAGCUUUUUGAGGGGAAGAGAGCGGCUGUUAUCUCGCUGGGCUCUGUGGAUGGAGCGUCUGACAGGCUGGAUCUCAUUGGUGGAGCCAAAGGCUUCCUGGAGAAGAUGGUAGCCAGUGGACUCAGUCCAGACCUGAAAACUCUGACUUUGUUGGCGGACAUGAUGGAGCCAGGUGAGCAGUGUCUGCAGGUGUUGCUGAAAGUGGCCAAAGAGCAUCGGGUGAAGCUGGAUGCCGCCUUUUUCAACUCCGUGAUCCGCUCAGCCGCCAAAGUUGGUAACCUGGAGGAGGCAAAGGGUGUGCUUUGUGUGAUGCGACAGCGUAACGUGAGCGUUAACGUGCAGACAUUUGGAUGUCUGGCAUUGGGAUGCAAUCGGCAGGACGACGGCCUUCAGCUGCUGCAAGACAUGAAGCUUGCAGGUCUAAGACCCAACGUCCACGUGUUCUCUGCUCUGAUUGGCCGUGCGGCUCGCAGACUGGAUUACGUCUACCUCAAAACACUUCUGAAGACCAUGAAGGAAAGCAGCGUGUUCCCUAAUAAGGUCAUCAUCAGACAGCUGGAGUUUGCUGCGCAGUAUCCUCCCAACUACAACCAGUACAAAUCAAGAAACAACUACCUGGUCCACAUUGAUGGUUUCCGUGGUUACUACCAGCAGUGGCUGAGGGAUUGUCCGGCUCAGAGUGAUGAGGAGUACCAGAAGAUACAAACUGAGGUGGAGGAUUCAGCUCCUAACACAGAAUCCAAAGAUGGACUGAGAAGAAUAUGAAAGCAUCUCCCAUUGGGGUUACCUCUCACUACAGAGACCAGAAGAACUAGACCGGAUCAACCGUGUGACAUUACACUGUAAAAAUCUAUCCAUUAAGACGUUCAUAAAACUUUUUUUUAUUAUUAAUAAAAACAUUCGUGUUGCA